AUGUCUUGGAGGCCUUGUGUCUGUUCUGCUUGUAAUACACACAUUGGAUGGUAUUUUCAAUCUCCAGAAAAGGAUUUUGUUGGUCUUGUUAUUGACAAUUUAAUAAGUGAAGAUUGUUUGUUUUUUUUAUUUUUGUUUAAAAUUUUUUGUCAUUUUUUGCAAGGGAUAUUUUGA